UGCCCAUGUCUACUAUGUGGGUUUGCUCUAAUGUUUAACUAUCAAAUUUUUGAAUUGAAGCACUUAACAAAUUAUAUGUUUUUCUACAUUCAGAGACUGUGAACUACAGAAUUGUGCAUUAGACAGCAAAGUGAUUGUCGCCGAAGAGCUCCAUUCAUUCCAAAGACCUUGGAUGGAUUCUGAUGAUAACCAUCCUAGUAAUGAGGACAAUACUACACCGUCCUCGAUAGACCCAAAAUGCAAGAAAAGAAAGGGUAGAGGUGCAACAACACUACCAAAUGUCAUAAAAGAUAGAAGUUCAGGCAUGCGAAAAGUCAUUAAAUAUGACCACAUGGGUCGGCCAACAGGGACUAAUAGAGCAAAGUUCGCGAGUUAUCUUGGAGUCCUAGCUCACACUAUGAUCCCGCUAUCGCACACAUAUUGGUCUGAAGUGACGGACGAUGUAAAAGAAAGACUGUGGGAAACUGUAUCGGCGACAUUCGAUGUGGACCUAAGGAGUAAAAAAGGCAUUUUAUCUUCUAUCGCAACGUGUUUGAGGACAUUUAGGAAAUGUCUGACCAAGCAUAUAUAUGCUAACAAAUCAAAUCCUAUCAUUCUCUCAAAACCACCAGAAGCUUAUAGUUUUCUAGAGCAAAAAGAAUGGGAUUCAUUCGUCAAAAGAAAACUUACCAAAGAAUUUGAGGAGUUUCGCGGAGUGCAACAAGGUAGACGAAAACACAACUUAUAUGACCACAGAUUUAGCCGUAAAGGUUACUCUAGGCUUGAAGAAGAAAUUGCUAAUAAAUUCGAAGAGGCGGUUGUCAGUGUGGAUAGGAGUGUUUUGUGGAAAAAGGCUCGCCAAAAUAAAAAUGGAGAGUAUGGUGAUAUCAAAACUAAGGAAAAAGCUGUGGAAAUUGUAAGGAAAACUAUGUCGCACUAUCUUUUGAUGUUUUAA